AUGCAACCCACCUGCAGCAGUCUUUGUCAUUUUACCAUAACGUCUCCCUAUAUAAAGGCCGCACCCCUUCUCCAACCUCAUGGAAAAACCAGACCCAGCAGUUCCAUCAUUAUCACUCUCUCAAAGAAAUCUGAAAUGGGUAAUUGUGCAUCACAUCAAAACAGAAAGAAUAUGGGUACUGCUUUCUUUCUCACUCUAAACUGGCAAUCCACAGCCAAAAUAGUUCACCCAGAUGGACGGCUGCAAGAAUUCAAGCAACCAAUCAAGGCCAAACUCAUACUUUCCCAGAACCCAAACUGCUUCCUCUGCAGUUCUGAUUCCAUGUUUGUAAACUUUCGCCUGCCUCAUGUGGCAGAUGAUGAGGAGCUUCAACUGGGUCAGAUUUAUUUCCUCAUGCCUCUCUCCAAAUCCCAUGCACGUCUGUCUUUGCAAGAAUUAGGUGCACUUGCUAUCAAGGCUAGCUCAGCACUAGCUCAGUCGGCUGACACCGGAAGCCACUCAUCAAAAACGCUGCGGUUUUUGCAUGGAAAUGGCAUGCGGGUUAGUAAAAUUCAGAUUGGUUUAGACUUCGUCGGUUUAGAUUUUCCGGCAAGGCGGGAGAGCUGA